GCAGAUGUGUGUGAUCGAUUGUUCGAUCGAUUGUGACAAUCUAGUUUGCCUUCUCCACCGUUCUGUACAAUAAUAGUCAUGUAUCAGAUAAAGGUCGGGCUAGACUAGUUUGUUACUGUUGACCGUAAACAAAUUAUAAAAAUUCACAAUUCUACAGUUUUUGGUACAUCUAGAAUAAGAGAAAAUUGAAUUGGUUGCGUGCCUGGUGAAAGGAGGUGCAGAUAUUGGAGUGGAAUUGAUAUGGCUGUCACGGUGCAUCAGGUUGUGCCGGUGGCGCUUGGUGUUCUGGUAGUGAUUGCCGGUGCCCUCAUCGCCAACUAUUUGCUGAACAAUGCCAAAAAAGACAAAUCCAAAUCCAGUAAGGCGGAACCAAAAAAAUCAACUCAACCCCGAACGCUCCUCGAUCCACAGGAAAAGUAUAUGCUCCCGCUAGUGGAGAAAGAGGAAAUCUCUCACGACACACGCCGGUUUCGGUUCGGGUUACCUUCAGCGGAUCACAUUCUGGGGCUGCCGGUGGGACAGCAUAUUCACCUUUCCGCAACGAUCAACGAAGAGUUGGUGAUUCGAGCCUACACACCGGUGUCCUGCGAUGACGAUCGUGGUCACGUAGAUCUAGUCAUUAAGGUGUACAAGAAGGGUGUACAUCCGAAGUUUCCGGAAGGCGGUAAAAUGUCACAGCACUUGGAGAGCCUGGCUAUCGGAGAUAAAAUUGCGUUCCGCGGUCCGUCCGGGCGGCUGCAGUAUCUGGGCAAUGGCAAAUUCUCAAUUAAAAAACUCCGCAAGGAUCCCGCUCAGAUCUAUGAAGCCGAUCAGGUCUGUCUGAUUGCUGGUGGUACUGGCAUCACCCCGAUGCUUCAGCUGGUUCGGGAAAUUUUGAAACAUGCGGAAACCGAUAAGACUCAAUUAUCACUCAUAUUUGCCAAUCAGACUGAAGAUGAUAUCCUGCUGAAACCGGAACUUGAUGAUCUAGCCGCACGGUAUCCGGAUCGGUUUAAAUUGUGGUAUACUCUGGACCGCCCCAAACCGGACUGGAAGCAGGGCAAGGGUUUCGUUACCGACGAAAUGAUUAAGGAGCACUUGUUCGAACCAUCCCCAACCACACUGGUGCUGAUGUGUGGCCCUCCUCCGAUGGUCAACUAUGCCUGUAUUCCAGCAUUGGAAAAAUUGGGCUAUCCAACGGAUCGUAACUUUGCGUACUAAAUAUCAAUUUUUGUAUCACUAAUAUCUUUCGGAGAACAUCGAAAAGACAUUGUUUGUAGCUUCUACAAUGAGACCAAGUAACUGCAUUUCCUUUCGUUCAUCUGUUGGCACUACCAUAGUUUCUAAGAAGUCAUCGUUGUCAAUGUCGCGCAACUGUUAUUGUUGUUUGCCGUCGCCUGGCCUUAAAGUGUCGAAACUGAAACUGAAUUCCUGAAAGAUGGUGAGGAAAACCUUACUACCGAUACUACGAUUCCUACGGCCAAGAUAUUUAUCUGUAUAGCGUUUAGAGUCGCUGUCUAAGACAAUGGAUUUAAAGUAACUAAUACGAAGAAAUGUGUGAAAUUUCUGAAGCAGAAUGCUUCUUAAAUAUAUGCGUAGUAUAACA